CACCGUGCGAACACCAUCCCACCCACCUGUGUCGACCCGUUCGAAAACGCUCCGGAAAGACACACGAGUCCCCAUCGCACUGCGCCGCCGCCGCACUAGCCGUUGCUGCUCCCCUUCCGCUCCCAUUCCCAAGGAGCUGUCCUCGCACGCGCGCGGCGGAGAAAGGAGGCGGAUCCGGAGGCGCGGCCGCGAGGGAGGGAAGGAGAGGAGACCAGAGAUGGCGUCGCGGACGGCGUCCAAGGACAUCAUCACGCUGCGGGGCUCCGCCGCCAUCGUUAGCGAGUUCUUCGGUUACGCGGCGAAUAGCAUCCUGUACAACCGCGCGGUGUACCCGGAGGAGAGCUUCACCAAGGUGAAGAAGUACGGGCUCACCAUGCUGCUGACGCAGGACGAGGGGGUGAAGACCUUCAUCGCCAGCCUCACCUCCCAGCUCUCAGAGUGGCUGGAGGCCGGGAAGCUGCAGAGGAUUGUGCUGGUAAUCAUGAGCAAGGCCACCAACGAGGUGCUGGAGCGCUGGAACUUCAACAUCGUGACCGACGCCGAGGUCGUCGAGAAGGGGGCUAUCAAGGAGAAGAGCGACAAGGAGAUCAUGCGGGAGAUCCAGGCCAUCAUGCGCCAGAUCGCGUCCUGCAUCACCUACCUCCCCUGCCUCGACGAGCCAUGCGUGUUCGACGUGCUGGCCUACACGGACACGGAUGUCGACGCCCCCGGCACCUGGGUCGAGAGCGACGCCAAGCUCAUCAGCAACCCUCAGAUGGUCAAGCUGCACUCGUUCGACACCAAGAUUCACAAGGUGGACACGCUGGUCUCGUACAAGAAUGACGAGUGGGACGACGAGGAGUGAAGUUCUCAAGAGCAUCAAGUAUACCCUGCUCUUGGCGUGAAGGCUGUGUGAAUCAUUUAUUCACGUCUAGGCGCGUGCUGUACUAGUCUACCGCUACUACUGCUUUGGGGUGAAAGAAAAGUCUGAUGCCUGUGACAUUUCUUGCGUGUUCCCUGAAAUCUCUAAACCUCUGGGAGUGGGAGGCAUAUGUAAUUCUGAGAUUGAAAUUCCCCUCUAGUGAAAGCAACUCAUUUACUAUCUUUUA